UGGUCAUCAGGGAGGAAUGUGACUAUUUGUAAUCAGCUGUACUUGGAGAAAAGAUCUUUAAAAGCCCUUGUGUCGACGGUGGUUGCAUUUGCUGUUCCUCUGGUCUCUCUGACAGUGGCUUACAUCCUCAUUUAUCGCAAGCUCAGAUUGAUGACAUUUCACCAGAGGACAUCUGUCCAAAGUAAGGCAGUCAGAAUGAUCCUGCUGACUCUGGCUACCUUCAUAGUGGCCUUUGUGCCCUAUCACGUGCACCGUUUCCUUUACAUUGAGUGCCACAGACACGGCAAGUUAUCCGAUUUUGAAAUUAGAUCUUUGGCCUUUGGUAACCGCUUAACCUCUGCUCUCACAUGUGUUAGUGGUAUAAUGGAUCCGGUUAUGUACUUCUUCCUGGCUCGUAAUUACCAGAAGACUCUGCUUCAUCUGUGUGGAAGAGCAACAAACAAAGACAGGCCACAGUCCACCACCUGAACUUAACCCUUUUUUCUCACUGUAUUUUAAAGCUUACAAAGCUUACAUUUAAUAUAAUUUAAGUUAAUGUAAGAAGUAAUUGGAUGCUAUGGUCAUUGUCAUAAACAAUUUAAUAAGGAGUCACUGAAAUGAUUUUUUUAAACAAGACUGCCACAGCACUUUUGUGCAAAGGAGCACUCCCAUUGUGAUAUACUGGCUUUUUGCACAUUUGGCCUCAUUUAUUAAUUAACUAAAAAUGUCUACCAGAUUUACAAAAGUUUGAGAAACACUCAUUUGCUUUGUACUGGCAUGUGUAUGAUCACCCAUAUUAGUGCAAAUAAAACACAUUUUUGUCACUGCUCAUUUCCAAUUAAUAACGCCCAUAAAACUCUAUAAAAGUUAAUGCUCACCGAUUACCAUGGUGAAAAAAAUGGCAGAAAGGCAGAAGUGGAAGUUAUUCUGCCUCACUUCUAUGCCAAUAAAAUAUUUAGCAGUGUAACAGAUAGACAAAUUACAGAAGAUGUGAAUUAGGUGUGAAUUAAGUGAAGCGACAAGAAAAUGGUGUCAUGCACUAAAUUUUCUGUCAUGUAAGCCAUUUGUUGACAGCUUAUGUCUAUGGCAGACAGACCGGCCUGUCAUCCAUUUAUACAGUCGCACUUCUUUUGCAUAACUGAAUGAUUAGUUUUAUUUGUCUAUUAUUUCAUAUUCUUUAAUUAAUGCCAAUAAUAUAAGAUGACUGUUUUUUAAACAUGACAGUAUAUUCCAAAUAUAAAAUUGCAGUAAAGCAAAUUACAUGAUAUGAAGUUGAUCAAUCAAGGUUUACAUUAGUCUUUUUACACGUAAAUUUACAUACCAUCAGGAGCACAAGUAGGAUACAAAUUUUUUUCCGAAAUUGCAGGAUUUUCAUGGAUACCACAUUUCUUGUGUAAAUGCUCCUAUGAACGAUUUUUGCAAAUAAAUCCCUUCGUAUUGUAUGUGAAUUGGAAACAGGGGCGGCAUUGAAUCUGUGUAACCAAACUGUUUGUUUUUUCUGUAAAUAUUGCUUCCCAAAACGUAAAAAAAAGCAGAUUAUUUUUUCUCAUUUGUUUCUUGUGAAUAUAUGUAUUGGUCAUAUAAUGCCAUGUGUGGAAAAGCAGGAAUGCUUUACUAGAAACCAAGUACAUACAGUAUGUGUAAUGUUUGGCUUACAUAUGAAUAAGUUUGGAUUAUAUAUGACUCAUUUCAUCACCAGUGGUUUAAAAGCCCAUCUGACUCUGUGUUGAUGCUGUAUAAAUAUGAUAACACUGUGUGUCAAUUAAGGCAUAGAUCGAUCUAUGGGGUAAAUUUUUUCAUUUUGACACUGUUCUCUGAGCUAAACAAAAAUGUAGAAAUACUCAAAGUCUGUUUUAGUAAUCUAAUUAACCUAUAAUUGGAUCAUUCCAAAAGCACAGCCAGCACUUUUGAUCUGUAGCUAGGACUAAUAAUUAUUAGAUAUCUUACAUCUAAAGCACUUAUUGUAAAUCGAACUCUUACUCAUAAAGGAUUUAUUGUACUUUGUUUAACAGAAUCUUGAGUGACAGAAAAUGUUGUUUAACAGAAAAUACAUAUAUGUAUAUACAGCUGUAUACAUAGUCCUCAUCUAACUAGCAGUGGAGUCAUAGUUAUUUGUAAUGAUACCCUAGAAAUCUAAGAAAUCCAGACUAAGAAAUCUGGAUAUGAAUUUAACUCCUUAACAGUACUUUUUACUAACAACAAAUUUAGCCACAAAAAGAUUUCCUCUCAGAUAAGGUUAUUUCUGUAGAAAAAGCAGUGGUUGUUGGAGAAUUUAAUAUUCAUUUUGAUAAUGUGCAAGACCCAAAGCCGUGUCUGUGUCUAUUUUAGAGUCACUAGGCCUUACUUAGAAUAAAAAAGGACCUGCUCAUUACAGCAGACACACCUUUGAUUUAAUAGUGACAUUUACAUUCACCAUCCACUUCAACAGAAACACCUGUAGACCUGUUCAUUUAUGCAGUUAUCCACUCAGCCUAUCAUAUGGCAGCAGCACAAUGCAUGCAGAUACAGGUCAAGAGCUUCAGUUAAUGUUCACAUCAAACACUAGAAUGGGGAAAAAGUGCGAUCUUUGUGACUUUAACUGUGGCAUGGAUGUUGGUGCCAAAUGGGUGGGUUUGAGUAUUUCAGAAACUGCUGAUCUCCUGGGAUUUUCACACACAGCAGUAUCAAGAGUUUACAUAGUAUGGUAUUCCUAUUAAAGUGGAGAGUGAAUGUAGAUUAAAUGUAGAAAACAUAGUCACACUUCCCCAGUCUAAAAUGGUUUCAGAUCACUACUUCAUUUUAAUUAAAAUGUGUCUUAGUCAUAAUAUAUGCACUUUGCCAUGCUACUGCAUUAUGCUUACAAUCUUUUCAGCUACUGUAUACCAUUUUAUUGAAGAUUUAUAGGCCUUGACUGGAUUGCCCUCUGACCCACAAAACUUGAUCAAGUGACUGAAUGCUUAGAGUCAAUGUUCUGCUACACUCUAGAUAAUGUAGCCCCACUUAAAAGAAAAAUAAUUCAUGGAAAAAACUACCACCCUGGUAUAACAAUCACACUCACACAUUAAAACAGACUACUCAAAAGUUAGAAUGUAUCAAACUAAUUUGGUAGUAUUCCAAAUUACAUGGAAGGAGAGACUUCUUAACUACAGAAAGGCUCUUACUACUGCUGGAUCACCAUAUCUCACUCACUUACUCACAAUAGCUGCUCAGUGUUGCAGUAGAUCCAAAGUCUAUCCUGGGAUCACUGGGCAUACUGGCCAGAAAUACACCCUGGAUGGUACACCAGUCCAUGUCAGAGCACCAUGCGCGCACACACACAUUAACCCUUAUAGGCAGUUUAUCUUAGCCAAUCAAUCUACUGGCACGUUUCUGGGAGGUGGGAGGAAACCGAGCUCAGAUUCAAACCUGGAACCCUGGAGCUAUGAAGCAGCAGUGCUACCCACUGCGUCACUGUGCAUCAGCAUAUUCUCUCUAUACCUAAUAUUAAAUUCAAUUACAUUAUCACAAAGGA